UCAACUGUCUAUCUAGCACUAGCAGAUUGAGCUAUUUAGCAACACUCUUGUAAGAAUUAUUUUUGUUCAUUAUUAAUACCGACUUUACAAGAAAACUGGAAAAUAUUUCACAAAUUAUCCUCCGGUAAACAUAGUCCUCCAAUGUCUGGUCAAAAUUCGGCAUCCAAUUGCAGAGUCAAUCCGUACGAAUAUCUCCAAAUUCUGGUAAAUCCCGAUGGCACGAUCACAAGAGAUCCCAACCGGUUCCCAAAUUCUGCACCUUCACUUGAUUCUAAUCAUGUUCUUUCUCGAGACAUACCCAUCAACCAUUCCAACAAUACAUGGGUCCGUGUCUUUUUACCUGAUUCUUCCUUUUCUUGCAGCAAACUUCCUCUCAUAGUGUACUUCCAUGGCGGAGGAUUCAUCAACUGCAGUGCAUCCUCAACGAUUUUUCAUGAUUUUUGCUCCAACAUGGCCGCUGAUAUUCCCGCUAUUGUUGUCUCAUUUAACUAUCGACUGGCUCCUGAGCAUCGUCUACCCGCGGCCUACGAUGAUGCUGUGGAGGUAUUCCAGUGGAUCAAGAACAAUAGCCAACUCGACUGGAUGAGAGAAUGUGCUGAUUAUAAUAGAUGUUUCAUUAUGGGUAGUAGUGCAGGAGCUAAUAUAGCCUACCAUGCGGGCUUUCGUGUGAGCAAAGAAGUUGAUAGGCUUGAGCCGUUGAAGAUCAAAGGGCUGAUAUUACACCAUCCAUUCAUCGGUGGAACCCAGAGGACAGAGUCGGAGUUGAGGUUAGUGAACGACCUCCAUUUGCCACAAAGUGUGAGCGAUCUCAUGUGGGAGUUGGCCCUGCCAAUUGGGGUCGACCGUGAUCAUGAGUAUUGCAAUCCAAUGGCAAAUGGUGGGUCGAAGCUCUGGGACAAAAUGAGGUUGCUGGGAUGGAGAGUGUUGGUGACUGGAUGCAAUGGUGACCCAACGAUUGAUCGUCAGAUGGAGCUUGUGCAAAUGUUGAGGGCUAAAAAUGUAGGAAUCACGGGCCAUUUUAGCGAGGGAGGUUAUCAUGUUGUGGAGCUUAAGGAGCCCUCCAAGUUUAAGGCUAUGCUUUUGGUUUUGAAAGAAGAGAAUUCAUGGUUUGUUGAGCAGUGAUUAGAAAAUUAGUAAGUAAGUUUUAAUUAAUUAAAUAAAAGAAUUAUGAGUAUUUUUAAUUAAGAAAGAAAGGAGUUUACUUAUGGCAAGUCUAAUUUUCAUCCAAUAAA